GCAUAAGAGAUUUUAUCGAAUUAACUAACAGAGAGAGAGAGAGAGAGAGAGAGAGAGAGAGAGAUCCUGAUUCCUGCAAAAGCCCUGUUUCCGAGAGAAAAAAAAAUCCCUAAACCCCCAGUAUGAAACCUAAUGCGAAAGGCCUUAAUUUCUAAUUUUCUGCGCUCUUGAGGUUGAGAGCCCUAAAUGCGUUCGUUUGAGUCGUGAAUAUUGGAUUUCUUUGAGUUUAACGGUCUUCUUCUUGAUUAAAACUGGGGAGAUGGAGGGAUUGCAAACUUUUGCCCGUGCUUUGUCAAAGGAUUUGAAAACGGCUUCUUCUUCUUCUUCUUCUCCAGCCACUCAGAUUCCUUACAAUCUUAGCGGAAGAGGAGUUUCUUCUGCUGCUCUGUCUUCUUCUGAUACUUCUGGUGUCUUGGUCGCUUUGCCCCCCAGGCAAGUGGUCUCCUUGUGGACCUGUUCAAAGCUGUGUGCUGUUUUCUUUGUUGCUGGAGUUUUUGUUGGUUUCACACUAAAGCGGCGUGUCCGCCGUUGGGCUUCCAAGCUUCUCAGAAGAUUGAAGGAUGAUUGAUGCGCCUUAGCAAUUUCUGGUACUUUUAAGAUCAUUUCCAUGGUUAACAUAUGGUUAGUUGUUUCAACAACUAUUUGUUUCACACAUAGACAAUAGGGGUCAUUCCCCCAUACACCAUUUGCUUUUCUCAUACCAUAUCCUAUAUUAGCACAAGUGUUUCUAGAUGUAUAACUCUUGGAUUAGACCCAGUUUCCUAGGGUACUGAAUUUUGACAACUUUCUAUUCCAUUGGAUCAUGUGUUCUGUUCUUAAUGUUGCUAGAAUGCAUUUGAGUGAAGAUUGAAGUGGUGAUCUGGAGGGUGGUAUUUUGUUUUGAUAGAAAGGUUUGUUUUAUAGUGGUGUAAUCACUUCUUGCAUUCAAUGGAUACUAAUUGAAUUCUGAUGUAAGGUACCCUGCUCUGCUAUCAGCAUAAUAAAAUCCUUGGCACUGUAUUCUGUACUA